AUGUCGUCCGUCUCGUCCGUCUCGACCUCGCACGGCUCGCCGACUGCCAGUCCGCCUUCUUCGACGUGCUCGCUCGACCGCGCAAAGACCGCCGACGAGCGCCUGCCCGUCACGAUCUUGUCGGGCUUCCUCGGUGCCGGCAAGAGUACCCUGCUCGAGUACAUCCUGACGAGCAAGGAGCACGGGCUGCGCAUUGCCUGCAUCGUCAACGACAUGGCCGAAUUGAACAUAGACGCGACGAUGCUGCAGCAGCACAAGGCGGUGCGCAAGGAGGAGACGGUCGUUCAGCUCCAGAACGGGCGCGCCCUCUUCGCCAGCUGCAUCUGCAGUACCUUGCGCGGUGACCUCCUCGAGGAGGUCGCAGCUCUCGCCGAGGCCCGAGCGUUCGACUACCUGCUCAUCGAGUCGUCUGGUAUCAGCGAGCCGCAGCAAGUCGCCGAGACGUUUGCGCCCGAGUUCAGCGACAUGCACCUCCAGGCCGCAAAAGAUCUGCGAGCCGAGGCGGACCGCGCGACGCUCGGACUGGCGAAAAUCCUCGGCAACGGCGGCCUUCCCAAGAUUGCGAGGCUCGACACGUGCGUCACGAUGGUCGACGCCCUGACCUUCUUCGACAACUUUUCGACGUCCGACUUCCUCUCCGACCGCGAGGCGCCUGGUACCGUCGACGACCAAGACGAGCGCAAUGUUUCCGACCUCAUGGUCGACCAGCUCGAGUUCAGCGACGUCAUCAUCCUCAACAAAUGCGACCUCGUCGACGCCUCGCAGGUUUGCAAGAUCCAGUCGCUCAUCCAGCGCCUCAACCCCGAGGCGAACGUCCUCGCGACGGUCCGCAGCAAGGUCGACUUGGGCGCCGUCCUGGACACGCACCGGUUCUCGUUCGAGCGCAGCAUGAUGAGCGCCGGGUGGCUCAAGAGCUUGCGCGAGGAUCUCAAGCCCGAGUCGGACGAGUACGGCAUCGGGUCGUUCGUCUACCGCGCUCGCCGUCCCUUUCACCCGGAGCGCCUGUGGCAGACGAUCCGCCUGCGCCUCCUCGUCAUCCAGAUCUCGUACGAGGAGGCGAUCGACAACAUGGUGGUCGACGGGGACGACGCGCAGAGCAGUGCCUCGAACGAGUCGUGGGAGGACGAGCCCGACCUCGACAAGCAGCCGCAGCUCGACCCGGCCGCUCGUCUCGCCGCCAAAAAGGCCGACCGCGCGUUCGGGCCGCUGCACCGCUCGAAGGGCUUCUUCUGGCUCGCGACGCGCCCGUCCAUGUCUGGAGAGUGGAGCCAAGCAGGCGUCAUGCUGAGCCUGAGCGGCGGCGACAAGUGGCUGUGCGAGCAAGACGAGAACACGUGGCCUGAGCACCCCGAGAUCCGCAAGAAGAUGAAGGCCGACUUUCGCGGCGCAUGGGGCGACCGUCGUCAAGAACUCGUCUUCAUCGGCGAGGAGCUCGAGACGAUCCAGCCGCUGUUGAACGCCGAGCUCGACGCGUGCCUGCUCGACGACGACGAGUGGAGCCAGUGGCGGAGGGUCAUGAAGGCGCGCCCGCUCAGCAUGCGGCGCAAGAUCGAGAAGCUCGAGGAGCUGUUCGAGGACGGGUUCGAGGACUGUGCGCACUCCUUCCCCUUCCUCCUCUCUUAUCCUCGCGCUCACGACGUAUGCUCCUCGUCACCUGUAGGGCUCGACCCGGAGGAGGCGGACGCACUCGAGCACGCCGGACACGGUCACUAG